AUGGAGCUAUUACUGGUAGUAGCGACUCACCUACUUCUCCUUUUUAGCAGUAUAACUUACACGAAUGCCGAAGACAUAGAAUGCACAGGAUUUGGAUUACCAUCAUCAAGUCCCACCAAAGCAGACCGGGGCAAAAUGCUCGAUGUUUUCAACACUGUUAGAGCGAAUAUAGUCAAUGAAAAAGAUCCUGAAACGCAGUACCUGAAAAAAGCGAAGAACAUGUACAAAUUGUUUUGGGACUGCGGAAUGGAAAAAGAACUUACAGAUGCCAUUGAUAAGGCGAAGCAAUUGACUUUGAACAACAAAUAUGCGCAAAACUAUGCCGUAUUUGCAAAAUCCUUGCUUGCAUCAAAAAAGCCCGAAGGCUAUUCUAUGAUGGCGGAAGCAUUGUGGUUCAGUCAAGUGGUAUAUGUCGGCGGUCUCGACAAAACUCAAACGUACACGGAUGGUUUAGAUAAUUUUGCUAACAUGGUCAAUGCGAAGGCUACAAGAGUGGCAUGCGCUUACAAGGAGGAUGCAACUAACACCUAUAUUGAAUACUCAUGCAUCUUCAACGUUAAACCAGUCAAGGGUCAGAGUAUCUAUGAAAGAGGGACUCCAUGUGCGCAGGACUCGAAGUGCACUACGUACCCAGGAUCAAAAUGUGAUGCGACUGCGAAGCUGUGCGAAUACCCAGGAAUCGUAGUACCAGAGCCGGAACUGACUCCAACCAGUGAGACAACAACGACGGACGUGACUUCAACCAGUGAGACAACAACGACGGACGUGACUUCAACCAGUGAGACAACAACGACGGACGUGACUUCAACCAGUGAGACAACAACGACGGACGUGACUUCAACCAGUGAGACAACUACUGCUGAUAUAAACUCAGACAAUGGUUACAUGACGGCUGCAGGAAGGAACAAAGUGGUGAAGACACAUAAUUAUAGGAGAACUUUGCUCGCAACAGGUCAAAUAAGAAAUGGUAAAAAUCCGAGCAAUGCUAAUUUACCAACGGCUGCAUUUAUGUCAAAAAUGGAAUAUAACAUGAACCUUGAAGCGCAAGCCAUAGAACACGCCAAAGGGUGCUCAUUGAAAAAAUCAGACGAGUCAACAAGAUCGGGAAUGGGUGAAAACGUUUAUGUGCAUGACACAGUGAUUACGGAUCCAGUUCAACUAUUUGAUAUUGUUGCCGUUAGUUGGUGGACGCAAAUCUUCCAAGAUGGAAUCAACUGGCAAUUGAUGUUUUCAGAGAACCUGAGAGAUAAACAAGCAAAGAAAGGCAUAGAUCAGACAGCCUUCACUCAGAUGGCCUGGGCAAAUACCAACAAAAUAGGAUGCGCUGUUGUUGAUUGCUCUGGAAAGUCCUUCGUUGUUUGCCGCUAUAGCCCUGCUGGAAACAUUCUGAACCAACCAAUAUAUCAAACUGGAUCUGUAUGCGGAGGAUGUCGCGGAACUUGCAGUCCGGCUGAUGGACUGUGCAUAAUGACGUAAAAAAGACAGUUUUGAAGAACGAGACUUUGAUAAACUUUGCAGCAUUCUGCCUUUUUCGUAGUGUGUAAAAGUCAUACAGUACGAU